AGUGUUUCCGGGUUGAUUGGCUUCCCUGUGCUCUCCAGUAACUUCCACAGGCCGUGAACUCCCAUCGCAGUCCCUUCUCAGGCCGCUAGGUGGCGAUAAACAGCAUCUCAGUGAGAGGAAGUCAGGAAUGGCGAUUUGCGGUCCAGGGCUGUGAGACCGAAGGCAAAUCAUCCAGACCGUUAUUGCGUGCAAUUCUUGACGAUUUCAUCCUCCGGCUUCCUCGACUAUGUCUGCGGACAUCAUGAAAGACCCGUCUGCCGUGUUCGUUCGUGGCCCUGGCGACGGCAUGGAGAUGGAUAAAAUUGUGCUGAAACCGGAGACGUCUGUGGAGCCUCUAACGGUGAAAGCGUCUCCACCUAGACAGAGUCCCAGGACUGCGCAGACGUCCCCUGGUGUCCUUCACCUGGGAAAAGUGAACAGGGAUUCUUGCACCGAGGUGGAGGCCGUGCGCAUCGUCGUUCCGCGUGCCGCCAUCGUCAGGAGCGCACGAGCCGUCGCACACGCUGACAGCAAGACGGAUGAAAGAGGAUCAGGAUCUCCGUACCACGGUGAUGACCGUCCCCCGUCCCCGUCCUCAGAACCACAGGACUAUAAGAGCGUAGUGGAGAAGCUGCAGAACUCAGAGCGCAGGCUGCUGCAGGACAAAGAGGGGCUUUCGAACCAGCUGCGUGUUCAGACCGAGGUAAACCGAGAGCUGAAGAAGCUUCUGGUGGCGUCGGUGGGCGACGACUUGCAGUAUCACUUUGAGCGAAUGUCUCGGGAGAAGAACCAGCUCAUCCUGGAGAACGAGGUUCUGUGCCGCAACCUGGCGCACACGGCCGAGCAGCUGGAGCGCAUGAGCAUCCAGUGUGACGUCUGGAGGAGCAAAUUCCUCGCCAGCAGAGUGAUGGCCGAGGAGUUGACUAAUUCCCGAGCUGCUCGUCAGCGCCAGAUUCGAGAGGCUCAGACCGCAAUCCGGGACCUGCUGGGUGAGAGAGAGGAGUUCUCCCGAGACAUGACGCACACACACAGGUCUCUGGAGCAGCUGCUAGUGUCACUGCAGUGGGGCAGACAGCAAACCUAUUACCCCAGCGCACAGCCGCUCAGCACAGGAGAACUGGCUGCGGCCAAUCGCAAGCUGGCUGACGCCAUCAACUCGCACCUGCUGGGAAACACGGGCAAGAGCAGCAGCACGAGUGUGAAGAGCAGCUCAGUGUCAGAACUCUGCAACACACCGGCGGAGAAGAUGGCCGAGAAGGUCCUCAGGAUCCUGGAUCCGAUUUCCUGCCCCGACUCGGCAGGUGACUCGGUGGACCCUGACUCGGUCGCCGUGUCUCCUUUCCUUCCUAAGAAAAGCAUCGGACGUUUUCACCCGUACACUCGCUACGAGAACAUCACCUUUAACUGCUGUGAGCGCUGCAGCGGAGAGUUGCUUGUGCUCUGAGACACGCUCACGUUAAACAAUACUCUUCUUUUUACGGCUUCUUUUUUAUCUCCAUCUACUGCUGCUGUAGAGUUUGGGAUUUUUCCAGACAAGACACUUCGAGACCCGAGACCCUGUUUUACGUCUAACAGACGUCUAAAAGCAGAAUUCUGAACUCACCAUCUGAGUUCUCUCCAUUUCACAAAGAGAUGGUGAAGAACUGAGGAAAAAACAACAGGGAGAGAGAGAGAGAGAAAGAGAAUGAGAAUGAGAGACAGAGAAAGGUUGGACUGUUUCUUUUAUUUCUUUUUCCCCAUGUAACUUGAAGCUGUUGAUUUAUUAAUCCUGUAGACGAGCGACUCGCCUCGCCUCCACAAGACUGUUCCUACGUGACAUCAUAAAGACUUUAUUUCUUCUUUUGUUAACGAAGAAGACGAGAAAAUACUGUGAUGAUUUGUCUGAUGUUUUUCUGUCGCAUUAUGAAAUUUGUCCCAGAAACUUGAAUUUCUGCUCCUUACAUACGUAACGUCUGUGUGCUUUAAGACUGGGGCUUGUUUUUGGGUGACGACACGUGGCUGUUGUUACACUACAGACAGUAUUCAGGAAAGAAACCUAUUAUUAUAUUGAACCUGCUGGAACGAGUCAUUUUAUUUCUGCUGAAAAGAAGCUGUUCGUAAAACAUUUCAAUCCUCUUUGUACAUUUUGUAUCUGAUCACAAUACAGCCAGAGAUUAAAAAGA